AUGGGCCGCGCCGCCACGCCACGGCCCGCCCCGCGCGGUGACGUCACCCCGCCGCCGCCGCCGCCGGGAGUUGUAGUGCGGCGCGGGCCCUGCCGGCAGCGGGCGGAGCGCGGUCCUGCGCCGAGCCGCGGGCAAGGCGUGCGCAUCCCGCCGCUGCGGGGCGGCUCCCUCUGCCCCCGGACGUGCCGCCGGGAGAAGGCUUCCUGCGAGCCCGGGGCCGGCGCCGCACCUGCCGCACGAAGCUGCCGCUCCUUCUCCGCUUGUCAGCUCGAAUCGACCAACUCAACCAUGGAGCUCAGGUGCUUCUUUGUCACUGUUGUGUCGCUCCUCAUCAUGGCACCACAGCCAGUCAACGACAUACUGGAUGAGGCCACACACCAGCAAAUGAAGCAGCUUGAGUUGCAGCUGAGCAUGGAUACCAAAUGGCUGAUGGAGCAGCUGGAGCAGACACACCAGAGACAGUAUGGCUUUGCCUGGGGAGCCCUGCUCCUUGAUGGCUUGCAGCACUGGCAAUUCUGGAUCAUUGCUGCAGUAGUCCUGGUCCUUCUCUCUUGCCUAUGCUGGUGGCUCAGGAAAAGGAGUCUUGAGCCAGACAGCAGCAGUGAAGAGGAGAGCUCCGGCAACAAAAGCAAUGAGGAUGAAGAAGAAAGUGGUGAAGAAGAUCCUCAAGCUGCGUGGGAUCUGGGCAUAAUUUUUGCUGGUCGCAGUGUCCAGUGGCCACUGGACAACCUGAUCUUUACCAGCUGGACAGUAGAGCACAUGGUAGAGAAGCUCCUCUCUGUCUUCCAAGAGCGCUUGGCAAAUAGUUUCUUCCCAGUGCCGCAGCCAGCCAUCGGGGUGGGCAGCGCCUUCGAAGGCUGGAGUCCACACAAAGAUGACACUGUUUUCCGUGUACUUGUGCCUCUGAAGGCUCCCUAUGGGCAUGCUUUCCACCUGCAGCUGGGCAACACCGGGGAGAGGCCAGUGAAGGAGUCCCACAUCUGCAUCAUGAUGGAGUGCAUGUGCAACAGAGAGCAGCUGGGGAAGGACAUGCUGUGCUUCCUCCACUACCCUGAGGAUGAAGUGAGGAGGAAUCAGGGCCCCAGCCCCCUCAACACCCUCUGCACAGGCCCCUACCUAGAUGUGGAGAAAACUGCCCUCUGGCUCCAGGACUUGGUGAAAUCAGCUUGGUGGGAGUUGCCUCAUUCAUCUCUCUACAAGAUGCAGUUGCAGUCCUCCAGUCGCUCCUGCAAGAUGAAACUGACACAUGCCUCCCAAGGAAAUGUCUUUGUUGAGUUGAUCUUUGGGGUGCAGCAAGGUAACUCGGACAUCUUCCUGACCAGUGAGACCUCACCAGAUGCUGUCUCAACCCCAAGCACGACAUGGCUCGAGAGCUGCGCCGUGGCAGAGGCAAAGUUCUUCCAGCUUGUGGCCAGUCACGCCCCGCAUGACAGCAUCCACCUCAAGAGCCUGCACCUCUGCACUCGCAUCCUGGUGGGAUCUAACUUGUCUACCUAUAUCAUGAAGACAGUUAUGAUGCACCUCCUGACUGCCAUACCCCUGUCAGAGUGGCACAAGUAUUAUUUCCCACCGCGUCUAGAUGACAUCAUGCGGUACCUGGGCUACUGCCUGGAGGAGAAGUGCCUCAACCACUUCUUCUUUGGCAACGAGAAGGUGCCCGAGGAGAUCAUCUUGCCGUCAGGCUUCCGAGAGGCUCCUCCACUCAACCUUUUCCAGCACCUGACGGAUGAUACGGCUGCCCAUGCCAAGGCACUAAGUGACUUUGGUAACCUGAAAGAUGAGCUUGUAAGACUGCUGGUCUCUAGAAAGUGA